CCUCUGUUGAGAAGUAAGUUGAGAAUGAAAACAGAAAGUAAAAACGUAAACAAUCCAAAGGCAAAAAGUCUAUUUAUUUGAAAAAUACAAUAAUAUUAUUAUUAUUUUAUGUGAUGUAAUGUUAAAUUUAAAGUUUUUUCAAAAGUCUAGCAGCUAUCGUUGGUAAAGAAUUCGCUCCUGAAAAACCGGCUGUAAAUUUAAAUUAUGGAAAACAAUGAUCCGAAUGUCCGUUCCGUGGAAAGCACGCAAAGAUGUUAUGUUCGCUUCAUCAAUACCACAAGUAAAACCAUAGACUUAAUGUGGGUGAAUUUUGCCGGAGUCUAUGUCAGAUACAGGAUUCUCAGAAAGGAUGACUACAUUGACGUGAACACUUUCAAGACUCACCCUUGGAUAGCCAAAGACUUUAUGACCAAAGACAUUUUGCAUAUCGAUUCGAAAUAUUCUUAUGAACCGAGAACGUCUAAAGAAAUUAUACAGGAAAGGUUCCCCGAUAGGAUAAUUCCAGAAAACCAUGAAGCUCGCAUUAGAGCUUACAUUACUCUUCCACUUUUCAGUCUGCGAUACGCUUGUUUACUAACAGUUCGUAAUCAUAUGUUGAACGAAGAAGAUGUAGAUCAACUCUUGUUACCAAAAAGUUUAAGUGAAGAUCUGAAAAAGGUGAUAAAGAGGAGGAAUAGGGAGUGUUCAUUGCAAGUGUUGAGUAGAGAGUUUGAGGACUAACUCCUUUGUUGUUAAAUUUAGAGAUUUUUACUAUGUUUUGCAUUUUGUGUAGGUACAGAUCGAUAUUGAGAUUAUCUUGGUGGGCUGCAAUAAUUAUUGUUCAUUUUCAUAUAAGCAUUUUAUUAAAUCUCAACUACUGAGCGUAUCAAGGCCUGAUUAGGGCAGAAACAAACUGUAGGUUUAGUGUGUAUAUAUUUUAUUUAGUUUAGGUUUUUUAAUACAAUUAUUAAGCGUUAGUUUUUUUUUUGUAUACUUAACUAUAUAUUUGAAAUAUAACAAUAAUGUUAAUUAAUAAAAGUAUUGACAAGUAAUAGUUAUGUAAGCUUUUUUCUAUAUUUUGUACAAUUUGC